GCAUAUUUAAACUGACAAUUCAUUUCUCGUUUAGCUAUCAUUAAGUUUAGUUAACUGUUUCAUAAUUGACUUACUAUUACUAUAUUAAUAAUAACUAAUUAUAAAAUUAGGUUAAAUCUUAAACCAUGGUCUGGACUAUCAAACUAACAGACAUUAAAAAUGCCAAACAAUUACCUAAGGAUACUGGUGCUAUUGAUCUACCUAUUGAUCAAGUGGCUGUCAAAAAGCCUGGCCUACUGGGGCCCACUGUCGUGCAACUGUGCCUUCACCUAAUAUGGGUAGUCACGCUAAUGCUAUGUUUGAUUACCGAUAACAUGACUCCACUACCGGCGCCCGACCCUAACCCACAAAGUGUUAGCAGCACGUCGUGGGUGAGCCUAUGGGACAACAGUCCAUACAGUGGUCGUACGUAUCACUCGGAGCUCGUGAAGUACCCCAACGGCACCGCCCUCUAUGUCAACAGGACAGUCACGCCGGCCUUUUGGUACAACAGCUCCUGGUGCUGGACGACCAGUCCCGACAGGUUACCCAUCGUAUCGGUGAACAUGAGCUUCAGUUACACCGACGGGAACACCUUUUACAGCAGUAGUGCGACCAGCACUCCCACCCCCUCUAAGGAGGUCCCACUAUUGGCCUAUUGCGGUUGGAUCGGUAUGUGUCUCAUGGAGUCCUACAUAUUGGUAUGGAUUGUGGGUAUAGUUUUCGAGGCACUGAUUAUCGGCUAUACUAUGAGUCGGAUUCAAAUGAAUUCAUUGCUUGAAUUUGUCGUGAAAGUUAAAAUCGGGUUAUCUGUGUUCGAGAUAUUAACACUAAUCAUGAAUACGGCAUUCAUUGGCAAAUACAUUGGGUUCAAGAAAUCCCCUGGUAAUCAAUGCAUGCAAUUGUAUACAAUCAAGACUGUUGUUGAUAUCACCGUGUUUAACUGGAUUGUUUUAAUCCUGGUAAUCCUGACUGCCCGACGCCAGUAUAAAGCUAUUUAAACUUAUAGCUACGCUAAUUGAGAUAAAUGAUUAAUUAUUCUGGGUUACUUUAUUGAAUAUGUUUUAC